CAUAAGAAAGAUUAUGAGUAUAUAAUAAAGGAGAUGUUAUUGAUAUCACCAUGAAAUAGAUUAAUAGAAGAAUUCUACAAGUAUUUAAACUAAAACCAUAGCCAGAUAGUUGCAAUCAACUACAUCACAAAAGCAUUACUGAGAGGAGAUUAUUAGACGAGCACUGUCUUACUUUACAAAUUCAAUAAGCUGAAGAGAAGUUGUUUGGUCUAGUCUUUGGUGUUAACUAAAGUUAUAAGCAUGAAUGAAAUGUUGUAACACAGGGAUUGAUGUCAUAAUUUAUGCCAUACAAGACAACAUUGUCAGGCCGAACUUGAACAUUGGGAUGGACCUUUGGACUGAUUCUCCAGUUAAAGCAGAGACCUCUGGACAGGGUGAAAUAAAUGCUGCGACGCAUUCCCAUCAUGGCAGCACUUUGUCGAUGAUGGAUGAGCGAGAACUGAAAAGGGAGAGAAGAAAGCAAUCUAACAGAGAGUCAGCGAGGAGAUCAAGGCUACGCAAGCAGCAAGAAUGUGAGGAACUAGCGCAGAAGGUAACUGACCUGACCGUCGUCAACGGCAUGCUCAGAUCAGAACUCGACGAGCUUAAGAAGGCCUGUGAAGACAUGGAAGCAGUGACCAGCAUGGUAAUAAAAACAGCACUGGUAGCAAUGGGUAGUGGCAGAUUGACACAAGGAAGUUCCUGA